AAAAUAUUGUAUGAAAUAUUUUUUUUUUUUAAAUAAAAUGACUUUAAAAAAUUAUUUGAACAUAUUAGAUUAAUGUUAAAUAUAUAUGAAAUUUGUCUAAUGGAAUAACAUACUGUAUAUCAGUCUUGAGAUUUUUUUCAUCAGUAACCUUUGACACUUGUGAUUAUUUGUCAAAUGUCAGGAUAUCAUAUAUAGAAAGUGUACGUUCUAAAAUAAAGAAAUUAAAUAUGAAUUAAUAUAUUUAAAUUAAGUUAAAAUUAUUAAAUUAUUUUAUUAAAAAUAUUUUAAUUACAUCAAAGAAAAUAUGGGUAAUAGAUCUAGCCUUCUUCUACGCGAAGAAGAAAUAGCACAAAUCCAAGAAGCCACUGGAUUUACACCAAACCAGAUUGAACGUUUAUAUAGUCGUUUUACAAGUCUUGAUCGUGGAGAUUGUGGAACUCUUAGUAGAGAAGAUUUCCUUAGAAUUCCAGAAUUGGCAAUAAAUCCUCUUGGUGAUAGAAUUGUAAAUGCUUUCUUUGAUGAAAGUGGUAAUGAUAGAGUGAAUUUUUUACAAUUUAUGCAAGUGCUGGCUCACUUCAGACCCAUUAAAAAAAAUAGUCCUAAUAGAUUAAAUUCUAGACAAGAAAAAUUAAAAUUUGCUUUCAAAAUGUAUGAUUUGGAUAAUGAUGAUUUAAUAUCAAAAGAUGAAUUACUAGCUAUUUUGCAUAUGAUGGUUGGUGCAAAUAUUAGCGAGGAACAGUUAACUAGUAUUGCAGAAAGAACUAUAGUAGAGGCUGAUGAGAAUGGUGAUGGAAUGAUUUCAUUUGAAGAAUUUUGUAAAGCAUUAGAGAGGACAGAUGUAGAACAAAAAAUGUCUAUACGAUUUCUUAGUUAAUUUAUUUUUUUCUUCAAAUAAAUGCACAAUUUACUGAUGUGUUGGGCAUAUAUAUUAAAAUUUAUUAUAAUUUAUAAUAAUAAUGAAUAUAACAAUUUAUUUUUUCUUAUAUAUUUUCAUUUAUUUUACAUGAAAAAAAGUUGAAGUUAUGUUCAGUAUUUAAUGAUACAAUGAAAGGUAAGAUAGUAAAUUCCUUUUUUUUUUUUUAAACUGUUAUUAAAACAGCUGUAAUUUUAAUUAAUAAAAAAUGAUACAAUUA